AUGCCACCUCCGUCCGAUGCUGGAUCUCCUGUGCCACCUCCUGAUGGUAUGGACCCAUUGCACAGGGAGGCUGGUGCGCCUGAGGUGCCUUAUGGUUACCCUGGGGGUCCUUCGAAUUUAUCCAUGUUGACAGGUGUUUUCUUUGGAAAUUUUCAGGAUAGGGCUUCCCAGAAGUUCUACAACCACGGGCGGGAAAUUUUAUCUCUGAGGCAGCCUACGGAGCCGUGGUUCCAGGAUGUCCUCAAAGCUUCUGGGCUGAAGAACCUAUGUCACAUCGGGUACACCACUAUACACAACGAGAUGUUGAUAGAAUUUGUAGAGAGGUGGCACCCAAAGAUGUUCUCAUCCCAUCUUCUUCAUGGUGAGGUUACUAUUACUUUGGACGACAUCGCAUGCCUCCUGCAUAUACCUAUACGGGGUACCCUCCUUUGUCACGGUAGGAUGACGAAGGAGGAGGCGGAGAGGCUCUAA